AGAGGGAGUUGGGAGAUGAGCCUUCCGCAAACUCCUGACCUGUGGGUCUGUCCGUUCAACAGCCAAAGGCUGGCGGAGGAGGGAGCCCCUGCCUUUCUCGGAACGGAGCAGAGUCAUGCGUGGUUGAGUUUAGAUAAAAGACGAGUGAGCGCGCUCUGUUCCUUAAGAUUAGUUUAAGGCGCCUUGGAUUGCUCCGAAGACCUUUGACCACCUGAUGUUGCUUACAUCUGGAACUUCUUGGCUUCUCAUUCCCCAGAUGUGCGGGUCAGAGAGGUUUCUACAAGCAGGAAACAUCUUAGAAAUCAGGGCUGGGCAGGCAGGAGCCAGGAGAGUAGCUACAAUGACUUCACCAGUACUGGUGGACAUACGAGAAGAGGUGACCUGCCCUAUCUGCCUGGAGCUCCUAAUAGAACCCCUGAGCAUAGACUGUGGCCACAGCUUCUGCCAAGCCUGCAUCACACCGAAUAGCAGGGAAUCAGUGAUUGGUCAAGAAGGGGAAAGAAGCUGCCCUGUGUGCCAGACCAGCUACCAGCCAGGGAACCUGCGGCCUAAUCGGCAUCUGGCCAACAUAGUGAGGCGGCUCAGAGAGGUAGCGCUGGGCCCUGGGAAGCAGCUGAAAGCAGUUCUUUGUGCAGACCAUGGAGAAAAACUGCAGCUCUUCUGUCAGGAGGAUGGGAAGGUCAUUUGCUGGCUUUGUGAGCGGUCUCAGGAGCACCGUGGUCACCACACGUUCCUCGUGGAGGAGGUUGCCCAGGAGUACCAGGAGAAGUUUCAGGAGUCUCUAAAGAAGCUGAAGAACGAGGAGCAGGAAGCUGAGAAGCUAACAGCUUUUAUCAGAGAGAAGAAGACAUCCUGGAAGAAUCAGAUGGAGCCUGAGAGACGCAGGAUCCAGACAGAGUUUAAUCAGCUGCGAAAUAUCCUAGACAGAGUGGAGCAGCGGGAGCUGAAAAAGCUGGAACAGGAAGAGAAGAAGGGGCUACGAAUUAUAGAAGAAGCUGAGAAUGAUCUGGUCUACCAGACCCAGUCGCUGCGAGAGCUCAUCUCGGAUCUGGAGCAUCGAUGUCAGGGGUCAACAAUGGAGCUGCUGCAGGAUGUGAGUGAUGUCACAGAAAGGAGUGAGUUCUGGACCCUGAGGAAGCCAGAAGCUCUCCCUACAAAGCUGAGAAGUAUGUUUCGAGCCCCAGAUCUGAAAAGGAUGCUGCGAGUGUUUAGAGAGCUGACAGAUGUCCAGAGCUACUGGGUGGACGUGACCCUGAAUCCACACACAGCUAAUUUAAAUCUUGUCCUGGCUAAAAACCGGAGACAAGUGAGGUUUGUGGGAGCUAAAGUAUCUGGACCUCCCCGCCUGGAAAAGCAUUAUGACUGUAGUGUCCUGGGCUCCCAGCACUUCUCCUCCGGAAAGCAUUACUGGGAGGUAGAUGUGGCCAAGAAGACUGCCUGGAUCCUGGGGGUAUGCAGCAAUUCACUGGGACUUACAUUCUCUUUCAACCAUCACGCUCAAAAUCACAAUGCUUACUCCAGGUAUCAGCCUCAGAGUGGAUACUGGGUAAUUGGGUUACAGCAUAACCAUGAAUAUAGGGCCUAUGAGGAUUCUUCCCCUUCCCUGCUCCUCUCCAUGACAGUGCCCCCUCGCCGUGUUGGGGUUUUCUUAGAUUAUGAGGCUGGCACUGUCUCCUUUUAUAAUGUCACAAACCAUGGCUUCCCCAUCUACACUUUCUCUAAAUACUACUUUCCCACUACUCUUUGUCCAUAUUUUAAUCCUUGCAACUGUGUAAUUCCUAUGACCCUGCGUCGUCCAAGCUCUUGAAUAUUCUUCUGUUUCCACCCACUUCUGAUAAGUACCCUGAGGCUUAUCAGCAUGUGAUUCUCCCUUCUGAUCUUGUUUUUCUGUGUUCUCAAUUCUUUUGUUGUUUUUUGGUUUUUGAAUUUUUUUGAGAUGGAAUCUCGCUCUGUCGCCCAGGCUGGAGUGCAGUGGUGCAAUCUUGGCUCACUGCAACCUCUGCCUCCUGGGUUGAAGCGAACCUCCUGCCUCAGCAUCCCGAGUAGCUGGGAUUACAGGCACCCACCACCAUGCCCAACUAAUUUUUGUAUUUUUGUAAAGAUAGGGUUUCACCGUGUUGGCCAGGCUGAUCUCGAACUCCUGACCGCAAGUGAUCCACCCGCCUCGGUCUCCCAAAGUGCUGGGAUUACAGAUGUGAGCCACUGCACCCAGCCAGUUCUUUUGUUUUAAACAUUUACUCAGUACUAGGAUGCACCCAGUGGUGAGAGUAAGCAUCUUUGACUGAUGACAGGUCUUGAGGUGGAUAGGGGGUGCUUUUACUUCAGUUUGUUAUAUUGGCCACAACUUGCUGAAAUACACCAUUAUUAUUUGUUGUAUGCAAUACUGGAUUUAUUUUGAUAACGUAUUGUUUAGAUUUUGUUUUCAUCUAUGUUAAUGAAAGAAAUUGGCCUGUGUUUUUACAUUCUUGUAAUAUCUUUGCCAGGUUCUAUAAAAUGCAAUAAUAAGCAAAUAAAUUACUGUUUUUGUGUAAGUAUGUAUAGGAUUGAGCUCUAAAACCAAACCAUUAUAAUGAUAAUUUGGGUAGCUUCAAACUCAAAUUGAAGAGAGUCUUCACUACCGUCUUCACUACAACCUUUGGCCUUCCUCUCUACAUUUAAGAGUAGCAAUAGAACAAUAAAAAAAAAUACAUCUUUCAAAUUAAUUGCAGUAAAAACAAAAGGGUAAUGGGGAGAGAAAAACAACCCAAUAUGUAUUUUUCUCUCAGAAUAGAAAGAAAAUACAAAGAGAAAAUAUGAACACUAUAAAGCACUUAAAGGAAGAGGAUGGUUUCUUCCAGCUUUUCCACACUCUCUUUAUGCGCAGGAACAAACAGCUAUUGAGUGAGCUGCUAUGACUUUGGUAGAGAGGUGCGAUACGUUUUUUGAACCAGCUAUAAAAGAAAUUAUGAGGUACAUGUGAGGGUAGAAACAAAUACCAAGGAGGAGAAUGGCACUGGCUGUCCCAUAUGGUAUCCAGGAGCCACCAAUGUCUGUUGAGUACUUCACACAUGACUAGUCUGAAUUGAGAUGUGCUCAAAGUAUAAAAUAUAUACCAUAUUUCAAAUACCUACUUCAAAAAAUAAUGUAAAAUAUCUCACUAAUAACUUUUCCUUUGUGUAUUGCAAUGAUAAUGUGUUGGCUCUAUUGGAUUAAAUAAAAUAUGUUAUUCAUCUUA